GCUCCCACAUCAUUUGAGUGACUGUUACACUGCGAUGCCAAAGAGCUGAAUUGAGCAGCUGUGCCUUUCGCCCGACGCCCCCGCGUUUCUGCUUCCUGUACGUGCAGUGGUGGGUGAGCAGCACCUGUUGCAGAUAAAAGGCCACGUGACGCCCUUAUUGAUCAGACACUCCUGGUUCAUCAGACCUCAGGGGAGAGACGAGUGCGACACUUCAGCACAGUGCAAGUGACAACCAUCAGCCACCAUGUGUUGCAACAGCUUCCUCAAAUGUAUGAUGUUUGUCUUCAAUGGCUGCAUCUUUCUUGCAGGUGCAGUCAUCCUGGGUGUGGGCGUGUGGGCGAAGGUGGACAGCGAUUCUUUGUUGGGCUUGAUGGAGGACGUGGAGACAGCUUCAGUUGACUUUUCUCAGGUGAUCUACGUCAGCUACGUGCUCAUCGGUUUGGGUGCUUUCCUGCUGUUCAUUGGCUUCCUGGGCUGCUGCGGCGCCAUAAAGGAGAGCAGGUGUAUGCUACUGACGUUCUUUGUCCUCGUGUUGCUCAUCUUCCUUGCUGAGGUUGCGAUUGGUGUGGUGCUGAUUGUCUUUCAGAGUGUGGCUAAUGAGAUCUUUAACUCGCUGGAAGAUGAAGUUCAAAAGGUCAUCAGGAAGGACUAUGGAAAAGUCGAAGGCUUUACCUCUCUGUGGAACAACACAAUGGCUGAGCUUAAAUGCUGUGGAUACAAGAACUACUCCGAUUUUACAGGCUCCCCCUUUAACAGAGACAAUGGACAAAUCUAUCCAGCCCCAUGCUGCAAUGAAACCAUCACCGUGGGGGUGUGUGAUGAAAAUGCAGCAGAGUUAUCGAAUGUUGACGGUUGUUUUAGCAAACUGCUGCAACUGAUAGAGGACAAUGUUUCAAUCAUCGCAGGCGUGGCGCUAGGAAUCGCAGCUCUUGAGAUCGCUGCCAUGGUGGUUUCAAUGGUUCUCUACAAGAGCAUCGGGAGCAAGGCAUGAUGUGCUCCGUUUACGGCAAGAUCAUGGAAUUCAGCUUGUUGGAGAUGCUGAUAGUGUUUGUCCUUUGAAUCAGGUUCAUUUUUAUUAGAUUAAAAACAGACUUUUGGUUUAUUGGUAUGUACAGCAUUGAACAAAUGAGGCAGGUGAUACAUUCUUUGUUCAUACUGUUGAUGUUCAUACUAAAGUACGUCCUUUUGGCUGAUCCCUCUUUUUCACUCAGGGUCGCCAUGUUGACCUGCCAC